AUUGUAUCAAAUGUACUCGCGAGUAAUGUUGUUGCGUACUUCUCGUUACUAGAAUCACCAGAUUUUCGUGCAUGUUUUGCAGUCAUACUAUUCAGAAAAGUUUCGUGGAAUUAAAAUCGCUUGUGGACUAUACAAAUCGAAGGGAAUUCGGUAAGACUGCAUGUCACGAACAUCAGAGUGUUUCGGACAAGCUCACGGCCCAGCGAUCUACUAAAGCUCUAAUAGCUGACACACCAGUCAAUUGUCGCUCUGUCUAUCUACUUCGACUUAAUUGUUCCGGCCGACUUGUUGCUGCGGCGCACGGAGAUCGUUCUGUUUGUGUUUAUUGCGCUUCCACUGGCCGACUACUGUUAAAAUGCAUUGGUCAUGAGAGAUCUCCUUGGACACUAACUUUUCAUCCAACACAACCCUUCUUGCUUGCGAGUGGAUGCCUUGGUGGCAAUGUACGACUUUGGAAUUUAGAGCAUUUGGCAGUACUUGGUGAUGAAAAAAUCGAGGGCACUGUGGAACUAUCAUCUGUAUGCGUUUGGAAGCACACGGGUGCAAUCGCAUCCCUUACUUUCCAUCCAGUUCAUCCCAUACUAGUAGCAGCAUGGACUCAAGAAGUGGUAUUUUAUGAUUGGGUAUCUGGUCGGAUACUUUCGGCAUGGCGAUUUGUGUCAAAUCAUUCACGCGUAAGAUGGGUGAAAUUCGCCCCUGAUGGAACAGUUUUAUACACAGCAACCGCCAAUCCAUCGAACAAUGAAUCAGUUUAUGUACAUAAGCAAUCUGAUCAACCAGUGGUUAGGAGCCCAACAAAAGUAGUAGCUACCAAAUACCCGAAACAACCAUCCUAUAUCCAAGUGGAUCAUGAUGGCGUCAAUGUAACUCCCGAAGCCUCAUGUGAUCUCACAGUACCUCGUGAUACUCUUUUAGAAUAUCUUGUCAAUUGUUCUGACUCCUGGUUUCAAAGUCUCGGUAUAUGUUCCGUUUGUUCGGUUCGUUUAUGUCGGUGGGCUGGAACUCUCGGACCUAAAUUCCCAGCAACGACGACGGAUAUUCGCCUUGGGAUGUCUGUGGCACAACAAGCCGCAGCUAUUAUGGCCGCCAGUACUUCGUCCAACAUGAUACCAUCACAUGUCCAACAUCUACUGAACCUGACAAAUCCCAAUAAUCGUUCUGAAGUGUAUGAGCGUCUCUGUCGUGAUGCUAACCCAGCUGCCGUGGCCAUAAUUGAAGAUAUGCCAGUACAUGAAUUCCUUCGCUCAAGAGGCAACUACUGUCAAUCCCCAUGGGUUGCAAUCUCGAAUAACGGUGUAUGUUGUGGUGGUCAUGCUUGUGAUUUGGUGAUUACUCAUCGCGAGUUGAUGCGUCAUUCUUUAUGUCGACCUUGCCUCUCCUCAUUUUGGUCUUGGGCUAACAAACAUGUUGCUUGGUGGCGGUGGUCGUUUUCUACAAAUGAUGAACAAUCUCUAAAUUCUACGUCAAAUCCUAGCAGUACAGCAGGUUGUGUACCAACUCCUAUAUCCUUUGGAAAAACGAAUAAUGCGGAAAAGUAUUCUGAUAUUGAGCCUCCUGUUGGCAUUUGCAUCCAGUGUCAAGCUAAAAUGUCCUUACAAUUACAAUCAUCACCCACUGUGUCACUGACAUGUAACCAAUCUCCCGUUUUAUCUCAUGGAGCUGGUUCUGAACUUAAGGAAUCCGACGUCCUGUCAGUUAAUGGAAAAACCUCUAAAUCUCUCCGCUUAAUGCCACUUGCAGCUUUGGAUCUUUUGCGUUCAAGGUUAAGUAAUGCUCAUGAAGUUACUCCAGUAACUUAUGUAGCCACCGACUUAAUCAACGACUUUGUUUUCAGUCAACACAUCAAAAAACUGUUAGUCAGUGGCAGUGAUUCCGAUCUCAAUUUAUCUCAUACCCUGUGGGACUCAAAUAUUACUAUACCUUACAAUCAGAUGGGACAGAUAGUCGUGUGUGCUUCUUCAUCUAAGCGUCGAAAAAUGGAUAAUCAAUUUCAGAACAAAAUACUUUUUAGUCAGUGUGGUAGUCAAUUAUCUUUUGACAAUAGCUCAAUUUCAAAACCCAUGUUCAUGGAUUCUGAUCCAAAAGAUGAAUUAUUUGGAUCUAAACUUCCUAACACUCUUCUAACGUGUAAAUAUCGUCUGCCUCAGGAGGCCUCUGAUUUGGGCGCAUACACGCGCGACAACCCUGAUAACAAUUGGAAUUAUCCACGUCCUGCUACAGUUCACUACACUUCUAGUGUCAUGCCUUGGAUGUCAUCGUCGAUUUUCCCGUACGUCCAGACUGGAGCUUCUCUAUUAAGAUCUCCCCGCCAACUUACCGAUUCUCUUUCGGAAUCCACUAUUGUGGAUCAAAUUUCAGGUUUACCAACUUCUAACAAAGUCUCUAUGAACGAUACACAGCAUGUCGACAGUUGUGAAACUGAUCCAUGUGAAGGACCCAACCGAAGUUCAAUGACUGCAUGUUGCCGUUGUGGCCGUAUUGUUCUUCAGACAUUCCCCGUUGAUCCUCACUCUAAUAUCAGUGCAGUCGUUUGUGAAAAGUUAAUUUAUUCUGAAAAUCGGUACUUAACUCCUAGUUCCCAGAAAGCUCAUGGUAACAUUAUUCAUUCACAAUGUUCAUCUAACCAAGAUCCCCAUACUCCCACAAGUCACCCUUCUUAUCAGUUUGAUUUAUCGUCAUUGAACUCUUGUCCGUCUGGUUCCACUUCUCUGUCUAACCGAUCCAGAAACGUGGAGGCUAGAAAGUCAGAAACUGCUGAAAGAUCGGUGAAUGCCGUGCUUCAUCUAAUUGACCAAACAGGAAAUAAUUCUGUUUUAAAUGCAGUGAAUCGCAGUAUAACUGAAGUUAUAACAGGUCUCUUUGUUGAUAUGGGUGAAUAUGGAUCCGCCUCUAGUCUUCAAGUGAGUUUUUAUUCAUAUAACUAGAGUGUUUUAUUGUAAAUUUACUUCUUCACCGACCACUGUAUAACAAGAAUCCUACUAUCCAUCACUCCAAAUUCUGUUAAUUAGUUAUCACACAAAACUACUGCCCUAAGAAUAUGUAAUUUUCAACAUUAUUCAGAUAUUCAAUUUAAAAAGAUCAAACUUAGUAAUUUGUUUGAAUUCUCAAGUGAUAUUUUUUAUUUAUUUAUUUAAACACAGAUAUUGGUACAAGGAGGCACCAAAUAGAUAUGCGCCACACAAGUCACUUGAUUUGCGUGUGAGUUCUGAUACUGCCUGGGUGUCCAAACCGAAGCAGGUGAUUUUCUUAGGGAGCCAUACCCCUAGCCUUGGGCCUAAAGGUCUAAUCCACAAGUCAGUGGAUACAGUCCCAUGGUAGUGGGUGACCAACAAUUGGUUCAUACGCCAUUUGUUCCAUUGGGAUCCUGGAACCCAUGUGCACAAUUGGUUUGGAAUCAGGGUUUUCGAAUUCCUCUAGGUGAAUCCUCCAUAUCCACCAACCUGGUUACAGCACCAGACAUUCGCUUUUCGUCCUCUCAAUUUCGUAAACAGUAAUGCCACGAGAAGGCAGUGAGUAAGACUUCCCUGACAGUGGUUGUAUGCCUGUGGCCAUGACAGAGCAUUUCGAGAGAGCUGACUGUCCCAUGGCAUUUGGGGGCUCUCAAGUGAUAUCCAAAUCUACAUUCGAAGAAGUAAGACAUACCUCAAUAAUUACCCUGCUAUAUACAGUAAAUCUAAAGAUGAAUUAGCUUUAUGUAUCCUUACAAUGAGUUAAUCUCAUCUCUAUACAAUAUACCUCUUUAUAAGUUUAUUACAUCUAUCUUCCCAAUGUACUGUUAACUGUUGCUAUUUUGUUACAUAACUAACCUUCUGUUUUUUUUCCUUGAUAGGAUGUUACACAUCGUAUUUGUCGGUGGGAACUAAGUUUAUGCAGUCCUAUCUAUAAUACUCCUUAUUUGUCUUCAUCUGGUGAACGUGAUUCAGCAAGAAGUGCGUGCUUGCCCAUGCCAACCAACGUUGCUGUAUCAUAUAACAAUAAUAGUCUUGUUGUUCCUCACGCUCGUUUGUUUAAUGAUUCAUCUGUCUGUCUCUCACCAGAUGGACGCCUUCUUGCUGCAUUUGUUAUUCCUCGAGAAACAUCGUGCUAUACAUUACAGUCAUCUCAGUCUUCCGCUCUACUCGGUACACUUCUCGCUGUGUACCGUCUGCAACCCGAACAUAACCGUGGUCAGUGUCUGUUCGCUCGCCGCUUCACCGCAUCUAGUCCUGUUUGUGUUGACUUCAGUCCUUUAGGAGAUUUUUUGGCAGUCGGGUUAGCAACUACACGCAUACCUUCAGAACCAUUCUCUACCACGAGUGAGUCUUCUACACAAGAAAGUCUUUUAAGAUAUGGUAGUUCUUCAUCACUCCAGGAUCAUUCAGACCUCCGUCAGCCAAACGUUAAAUGUUCGUGCCAAAGACAAUCCUCUGUCGGUAAGUGUUUGGAUAUUAUUACUCCCUACUUUGAUGUUUUGAGUGAAAUGAGCAUAUCGGAGGAACAGCACGAUUCAUAAUUAAAUAAUUUUGUCCUUUGAACAGACACAUCCAGAUCUUGUAAAUUGUACAGUUAUUUUAAAAAAUAGUUCCACUGUCGUGAUUUAAAGGUUAUUUUGUAUCAUUUAUUGUAAUAACUGAAGACAGACUAUCUGUAACUGUUACGCUCUCCACCAUCUAAUGUCCCCUAGAUACUGUAUUUCUCUCGACAUUUUGCAAACCAGAACAAGCAUUGAGGGGAACAAUAUAUAUUCCAAUUAACCUGAAAACACAAAGAUAUAAUACUAGUAAGAUUAUAUGAAAUUUACAUGAGCACCUCUAUUCAUUCACUAGCAUUGAUUGAUGGGAAAACGGAUCAAUCAACACAUUUCGGUGUGAGCCUGAUCUCAACAGGGCUAGUCAAAGUCCUAUGUUGUGCAAACAAUAACAAUAUGGUUUAUCAUAAGUACUUUCUAAUCAAAUAGGUGAAAUGCAUUUGUAAUAAGUGUGUUUUAAAGUUUUACCCAUGCAUACUAAAGCCAAUCUAUCCUGGUUCUUCAUGAACGUGUCAAUAAUUUUUCAUUAUAAUCUUAAACAAGAGACGAAUUCAGAAUUAUUACUGUAUGCCAGUAUUUACGCCGUGAUUGGUUUCAAUAACAAUAUCUAUCAUUUUACUUAGACUUCGUAGUAUUAUCUUGUUUCGUUUCAAAUGCUUGGUAUCAUUUACCAUUUACACUAUCCUGUUUAUAGUCCCUAGUUUGUCGUUUUUGCCUGCGCCAAAUGAAUUUGUUAACUGACACUUACAGUUAUUGAAAAAGUCAUUUGUUUAGUAGUCUACUCUGACGGUUGCAAUAAGCUUAGUUUGAUAUAUGUCAGCUUUUUAAAUGUACCAUUGAUGUUUAAAGUUAUUGAGUUGGGUAUUAUCAACCAGAUUAACUUGCAUCCAUAAUCACAAUGAAUUUCAGAAAUCAGUCAUUAAAUAUUAUAAUUUUACCGAAUCGCCUUACAUCAUUAUGUGUGUCAAUUAACUUUCAAUAUUAAAGAUCAAUCAUGUUUUCACUUUAACUGUAUAUUAAUUUACACUUCACUACCAUUUAUCAUGUAUUAAGAGUUCAGUGUUGUUUUUUACAUGUUUGCUCUUAGAAUAUGGUGAUUCUUUUUAUGUUUUUCCUGUUACUGUGGUAUUUCCUUGCAUUCCUUCACCAUAGCGUGCGUUUUCCACCUUCAACGUUCCAAAACACAGAAGGGUCAAGUUCGUCGGAGCCUGCGUGAUAUUCAAAAUAUCAAACAUCCUGCACUUUUGGAUCCUGUCUCAUCAAGAUAUCUUGAAUUAUCUAGUCCAUCUUCAGAAAAAUUAGAUCGCUGGCAUCGGUUAUUACUUUCUGCUCAAAGUGGAAUCUCUUUGAAUACCAUUGUUUGGAAUGCCAAUGGCAGCAUUCUUUACGGUACUACCAAAGGUCUCAUUGUAAUUUCUCAUGGAAAUCAAUCUUCUUCCGUAUCAAUUCUACCACUUCGUUGUACCAAGUCACAUAUACAGUCUGUGAACGACUGUGAAAUUUCUUAUAGAAGAAAACACUUUAUAAAUCAAGCACAAACUAUUACUAGUUCCUCUAACUUUCCCGUUCCUCAGUCUCGUGCUGUAAUUUAAAUACUGACUUUUUAAAUCUAUGUAUAUUUAGGUUUACUGUGCAUUUAGUUUAUCUUAAUUUUUGCUCAUUUUACUGGUAAACCCAUCCGUAAUCAUAUUUUUACUGGAUUUAAACAAAAAUAGAAGUUUUAUGACGAUUCCAAUCCCACAUUCAGAGUACCUAUCUUAAUUUUCUAUCUGGAAACCGGUAGUGAUUAAAAUAAAAGUUUAUUUUUUAUAACUUCGUUCCAUUUUUAAAAAAAAUAUUUAAGUUUAACUAUUAUACUACAGUUCAUAUAGUGUUGUUUUCUCACUAUGUAAAACAGAUUUCCACUAAAUCGAUCAUGUUUGUUUAUAAACCUGCUCACUGACUAUUCAGGAAUUGUUUGUUCACUAUAUUGUACGAUUUUAACUAUUUUCCCACUUGCGUUUUACCAAAAGCAAAGAUAUUUUGUUUCAUACUAAUCGUUUCAUUUUUGUUACACAGGAAGUUAAUAUUUAUGUUAGAACUUGUUAUUAUGUGAAUGGUUUACUUCCUUAUGUUUGUAUUCUUCUUUUGUAUAAUCUACCUCAGCUAUGUCCCAGUGAUCUUUAAUGUUACUAACUCGGUUUUACUUUUAUUUUGAAAUCCUAACUCAUUUCUUACUAAAAAUAUAUAUUUCCGGUUUG